AUGGUCUUGCUGUGCCCCUGCUUCCUCAAGCAAACAAUAAAGAUGUUUUGUUCAUCCAGUCUUGUGUCCUGUUUUUAUGCUGCCUCGCUCCUCACCACUCAGCUAGCCGCCAACCCGGUCGGCUCAGCUGCCUUAAGCUUUCAAGCCGAGCCCCUCAGCCAAGUCGCCUCCUUCAAGGGCUGGCCAUCUGAUGCAGAUGAGCCAUCCCCUGACACUUUCUUUGCCAUCAGUUCAUCCCUCCAGCCCAACGAUGUGCAAAAUAGUAUCUUGCCCAUCCCUUCCUUCUUCGUCGGCCUCUUCGAAUGCUUCCUCAACUGGCUCUCCCUCUUCAGUCCUGUUGCUCAUCCUGACCGCUAUGAGCACCACUUUGGUAAACCAAUUGAAUGUACCAAAUGCACCAUAGGACAUGUGAACAACCCCCAAAAAAUUCACCUGAGCUUCAAAUAUGCUUCGAAAGAUAUUGAAAAUUUCCAUGACAGCCAGGGCUCGACUAGGUGCUCCACCACCCUUCCAAGCCCGUCUGCCGCUCCACCAUCUCAAGACAAGUGUGGGAGUGAUGCCCAUCCGACUCCCCUCCACCGCCUCGCAUGGCUCAUCAAUGUCUCAAGCCCAGUCCAAGAGGCAGUCAACAAUCCAGACGCGGAUUUCACCCUCUUUGCGCCGGACAAUGAUGCGCUCAUGCCUCCGUCCAAGAAGCGCCGCGACUUGAUGGCCCUCAAAUCAAUGUCAGACUGCCCUAACAUGAACUUAUGGGCUGAGGGAGAAGAUAACAAGAAGGAACCCAUGAAGAAUUUCUUCCUUCAUGCCGUUGAGAUGGUCCUCAAGUACCAUGUCUCACCUGGUAGCAAGAGAAUCCACGAGAUUCUUGACAACAGCACCCUCCCAACUGAAAUCCUGAUCUUGCCCACCCCGGAUGCACCAUGCCCAAGGAAAUCAUCCUACACCUUUUCACCAAAUUAG